AUGACCUCCCGUAUCGACCGUAUCGCUCCAAAGCGCCAAGCAGUGCGGAUUUUGGUCUGGGUGAUCGACCGAGUGCUUGAUACCACUCGGGAACGAGCUAAACAUCAAGGUCCCGCUGGUCUAGGGGUUAUGACCUCCCGUAUCGACCGUAUCGCUCCAAAGCGCCAAGCAGUGCGGAUUUUGGUCUGGGUGAUCGACCGAGUGCUUGAUACCACUCGGGAACGAGCUAAACAUCAAGGUCCCGCUGGUCUAGGGGUUAUGACCUCCCGUAUCGACCGUAUCGCUCCAAAGCGCCAAGCAGUGCGGAUUUUGGUCUGGGUGAUCGACCGAGUGCUUGAUACCACUCGGGAACGAGCUAAACAUCAAGGUCCCGCUGGUCUAGGGGUUAUGACCUCCCGUAUCGACCGUAUCGCUCCAAAGCGCCAAGCAGUGCGGAUUUUGGUCUGGGUGAUCGACCGAGUGCUUGAUACCACUCGGGAACGAGCUAAACAUCAAGGUCCCGCUGGUCUAGGGGUUAUGACCUCCCGUAUCGACCGUAUCGCUCCAAAGCGCCAAGCAGUGCGGAUUUUGGUCUGGGUGAUCGACCGAGUGCUUGAUACCACUCGGGAACGAGCUAAACAUCAAGGUCCCGCUGGUCUAGGGGUUAUGACCUCCCGUAUCGACCGUAUCGCUCCAAAGCGCCAAGCAGUGCGGAUUUUGGUCUGGGUGAUCGACCGAGUGCUUGAUACCACUCGGGAACGAGCUAAACAUCAAGGUCCCGCUGGUCUAGGGGUUAUGACCUCCCGUAUCGACCGUAUCGCUCCAAAGCGCCAAGCAGUGCGGAUUUUGGUCUGGGUGAUCGACCGAGUGCUUGAUACCACUCGGGAACGAGCUAAACAUCAAGGUCCCGCUGGUCUAGGGGUUAUGACCUCCCGUAUCGACCGUAUCGCUCCAAAGCGCCAAGCAGUGCGGAUUUUGGUCUGGGUGAUCGACCGAGUGCUUGAUACCACUCGGGAACGAGCUAAACAUCAAGGUCCCGCUGGUCUAGGGGUUAUGACCUCCCGUAUCGACCGUAUCGCUCCAAAGCGCCAAGCAGUGCGGAUUUUGGUCUGGGUGAUCGACCGAGUGCUUGAUACCACUCGGGAACGAGCUAAACAUCAAGGUCCCGCUGGUCUAGUAUAA